AUGGACCAAAUAUCCUCAAUUUGUUUUCUCCUUAUGAAAUUCUUAGGCUUAAUCAUCUUACUCCACCCCUCCGUGAGCGAACAAAACCAUUAGAAAAAUCGCUAUUUUUUGCCCAAAAUCCCUCCUCUUCUCAUCUGUGAAAGAACAAAAAAUUUUUAUAGAAAAAAUUUUUGAUAUAUAAGUGGUAAUUAGUAUAAUGAAAUCUCGAGUUAAUUUAUAUAUAUUAUUAUUAUAUUUUAAAACAAUUGCGUUUUAAAACAUAAAUUUUGCAAAUUAAAUUAAUACUUGGAUAAAUUUUUUGCGAUGUGAGAUUUUCUUUAAUUUCGAAAAAAAAAAAUUUCUCUCUAAAAUUUAUAUAUAAAUUUUAAAAAUAAAACAAUUUAACCCCCCUCCGUAAGCGAACAAGAUUUUUUUGUUCGCUCACGGAAGGGUGGAAUUAGCUCUAGCAUUGGCGCUUGUAAAAUCAUCCUCACUACUUUUAGCUUCUUUAUUUCCUUUUUUUCAAAUCAUUGUUUGUGUUUCUAUAAAAUAUAAUAUCAAUAUAUUUCUGAAAUUUUGGUUUCCGAGUUUGCGAAAGAUAAUUCAGACUGUGAGGAAUAUUCUCCAGUUGAUUUCAUAUGGCUUUAGUUCAUUCCCAACCCCCUGUAAAUGGGAACGAACGACUGCAAAAUUUUUCAUUUUUUGGUACUUUAUGCUUUUUGAGUUGAAUUUUCAAUAGGAAAAUUUAUCGAUGAAAACAUUAAUUUUUAAACCUAAUUUAAUGGAAAAAGCGAAAGCAGAAGGUUAUUUAAACAAAAACAUUUUUCACGCUGAAUCGAUUAAUUAUUUAAUCAUUUUUCUAAAAAUAAACUUAAUUUAUAUUUUUUUAAAAAAAUUGGAACAGGAUUUUUGUUUCCAGUUUAAAGGGCGGGGAAGCUAGUUGUGUUUAAGCCUCAUAAUUCUGCUUAUAUUUUAUGAAAAGUUUUCUGGAUUUUCUGGUUCAGGUUUAAAACAAGUAUGACUUGCUCAUCUCCUUUAUGAUAA